AUGUCAUCGGAAGGAGUUGGAUCCACCGUUACCCACCACCGAGAUUUCGACCUUAACAAGCCGGCUUUGUUGGAGUUCGGUCGGGCUCUGGCUCCGGUGAAGACGAAGUCGAGAGUCCCUACCCUGCUAAAAGAUCGUGGAAAAGUGUCGGAGGUGGUUACAUAUAAUACAUUUUACUCACAAUUGGAGGAACACAUGAAUCAAGUUGGCGUUGACCCUAGCAUCAACAGGUGGGAUGUACCCGUGGCACUUGGAAUGGUUGAUUCACAUGAUGCAUUAUCCCAUCCAGCUGGUGUCUCAGAUGUGCAAGCUGAAUCUGCUACCCAUCUAGACCCAGAUCAAUACAAUAAAUUUUUGGUACUUAUGGAGUGA